AGUGUUUUGUUUUGGCGGGACGCAAGAGGUGAGGGGAUGGUGCUCCACGAGCUGGUUGAAGAGUUAUCAAAAUGUCAACACUACACUCCUCAUUUACUGACCGAAGAGACAUGGGUCAGAUUCUCUACUCAUCUCUACUGAUCUUAGGUUUGGAUGCUGCUGCACUUGAGCACAGCUUGCGAACCCCAGUAAACCCGAAAAUGUUUGUCCACAUGAAUAAGAAACUAGGAGAAGCAAUACUUCAUUUUUUAUUUGUAUGUAUUGAUCGAGAGAAAGCGGCAAAAGUAUUCCGUGACUGUUGGCCAUUGUUAGAAAAGAAGCAGGAGGCCCAGUUCCACAGGGCGACAUUUGAUUGGUACAAGUCCCUUCAGCAGAGUUACGGACAACCAGUACCAGCUGUCGUGGCUAAAACAUUCAUGGCUCCCGGUGGUCCCAAAUUCUCCUCAACAGUAAAGACUCUUAUACGCAUAGCUUUGCACUCUUCAAUUCUCAGGAAAGCUCCAGAUUGUACCCUCCUUCACUUUCCAUCUCACAGUCGCAGUCCACAGUUGAAUCGAAGAACAUUGUUAUUACUACAAGCAUCCAAACUUGCUCAUCAUCGAAAUUAUAUUACAAAACAGAAGAACCGCAUGGAAAUCUUGCAGAGUUUCCGGGAUAGAGCUAGGGAGUUGACAAGUAUGUAUCGUAGACUGUGCUCUGAGAAUGAAAUAGCUGAUGAAGAAUUCAAAACGGCACUCAACAACAACACGGCACUGAGCCAGCAUCAGAAGGAGACUUUUCUUGUGGCUCCUUCAUCUGUAAUUAAAAAAGAGAUCCUGGACGAUAUAGCAGAAAUGAACAGUACUGCAAGUAAAUUAUGGGAAAAAGUUGAAGGGUUUCAGAAAGUUGAAGAGGCAUCAUGGAAAAUCAUCUCCUCUUUGUUAGACGGAACAACUUUUCUUUCACAUAUAAAUGGCUCAAUGUACUCGCCACAAGUCCCUGAAAUAGUGUACAAAACUCAUGCAAGCACGAUAAACAAGAUGGGUCUGCAUGGUCUCUACCGUGAUGACAAGCUGGACCUACUGAGCUUGAUGCAGUAUUCCAAUUUGACUCUACGUUGCCUACUUGACAAAGUUCACAGCAUUCACGGCCAAGCUAAACCUGAAUCUAUCGAAGAGCUGAAUGUUCAGUCGGGUCGAGUAACAAGUUUAAGCGAAAUGGUUAACAAUUUGAGUAGUCGAAUGAAUACCCUUUUGCCUUCCCUACUGGAGAGUGUUGCCCUUUAUAGGAGUAAUGUUGUUUCAACCUGCCCAGCAUCUCAUACAUCGGAUUUAGAAGGAAAACCUCAUCUAUGCCCCCCAACACCACCACUAAAACUUAUAAAUACUCCUGUAGCCAUCAAGGGUGGGACAAAAUAUGCUCUGAUGCAGCUCACACCAGGUACACAGAAUAUGAAGUGUUUAUCUCAAAGUGGUAUGAACCUGACACCAAAUAAGCUGUUUUCUACUAUUGACAUCAUGCGGGCAGCCAAGAAGUCUCCCAAAGCUAAUGUUGUAUUCUCCACUGCCAAACACAAAGAUGAUUCUAUCCAGGUAAUGGGUGGGGAGCACUCAAGCAGACUAGUUAGUGAGGCUGGGCUGACAAUGGCUAUGUUGACGGUAGACUGCCGUGGUCGCUAUCAGAAGAAGAAAGAACAAAGUCAGGAGCCCGUCCAGACUGCCAAUAAUCCCACCCUUGAAAAGCAAGGCUACAGAUCUUGCAUUCCUAAAAGGCGUCUCAUCCCUAAGGUUCUUGUAAAUUCCUCUGCACAAAGCACCAUGACAGAUAUAGAUAUUAGUAAUAUGAUGGAAGACUUCAGCAAUUCUUUACUUGAUAAACUGCCAAAUAUCAAGGCUGACAACAGCGAUGACAGUGGUGUGCCCGAGCUCCUUGGUGCCACUCUGUGGGACGACGUUACUCAGAAUGGAUCCUCGGUUGACUCAGGUUGUGUAGAGAUGUCUUCAGAUUCUGAUACUUUGCUGGAUGUAUUAGGGAAGAUGAGCAUUGCUCCAAACCGAGAGAAUGUUGGGCUGAAUGAAGGCAACAGAUCCUUGAGAGGCACUCCACGGUCAAAAACUAAAGCUGACCUUUCCUUACAAAGUGGUAGACCAACAACUCCCCAACAGCAGCAAUUAUCAGAUGUAACAAUACAGAAUGAUCAACCAGUAAACUUGGAUAACGAAUUUUCGCAAAGCCUCUUGGCAAAAUUGUCGUUUCUUGCUCAAAGUCCACUUAGGGAAGAGACAGCAUCAGUGUCUUCUAGAACAUUUAGAGAGUUUGAUGACUAUGUUUCUUUAGAAUGUAAGGCUCAAAAUCCAGUAAGACGUACAUGUGAUGAGGACGCUAGCCGUAGUGGUGAAGUGGAAAUACUUAGACAUGAUUCUAAAACUAAAUUAAAUCUAUUGAUCGAACAGGUCCAGCAGAUGAAAUCAAUGUAUCCCUCAGAAACAGGUUUAUCUAAAGUUAGAACAAAGGAAGUUGAAUCAAAAUCAAAUUUUAUGUCUUACGUUGAGAAUUUGAAAAAUGUAAAGGAUAGUAAUGGGAAGUUUUCGGGAAGAGAGCUUGAGAAUGUCCUGAAUGUUGUUGGAAAAGAUAAUACAACGUUGAGCACCUGCAACAUCAGCCUCAUGGAAGACUUUAUACCUACCAAGACUGAUUCUAACAAAUAUGAAAAGGAUGCAAUGAAUGUUGAUAUUCAUGAGGAUUUCCAUAGUAAUUUAAGAAGAAUGUGCAAGUUUUUAGGUGAUGAUGAUGAUGAUGAUGACGAUACGCUUACAGAAAACAAUUUGGAAGUGAAGAAUGCUGGGGAGAUCAUAGAUGCAGAAGAAACCUUUGCUAGUUCUACAGAAAUACAAAACAUAUUAGGGACUGCAUAUCAAAAAUCUUCCUACUUGCCUGAGAACUCUGUGUUUGAUACACUUAUAGAUUCUAUUCUUACGGGCGAGUCAUCGUCUUCCAUUUUAAAUGAUGAAGCUGUGAAGGCAGAGAUUCGUAGAGAAAGUAUAACAUCUCGUAGACUGUCCCUCACCAGGGACCGGACAAGCUUCAGCUCCAACAAACGUUUAUCAGGAUUCUUUGCAUCUUGCCCCGGGAUUCUUGAUGAAAACGAUUCCUGCUUGCUGUCGUCAUCAUUAGAUGAUAUUUUUGACGUCUGAGAGAUGUCCAAAGCACUGUCCAAGAAGGUAGAGUGUUGCAAAAUAUAGUACAGUGCAUAGUGUUUUGGGAGUCCACAGGUGAGCAAAGCCUGGCAGUUAGCUUUACUUAGCUCUUAAGCAAAUUCUUGAUCAUUAUUGUAUAUUAUACACAUCCAUAUUGUCAUUUUAUUUGGCACUGUUUUUCUAAAGAGUAACGGAGAAAUGCUUGAAAGGCUACGAACUUGGGUAUCUGUUGUUGCUUCAAGUUUUGGUGAGAGGAAAAAGUUUUGUCAGCUUAGGCUACAUAGCCUUCCCGGUUUGGUGCCUUCUUUUGAUAAUUACUUACUUUGUCAGCUUAGGGAGGCAGUGUAACUGAGCGAUGAUUGUACGGGCAGUUCAAAAACGGUAGAUUAUUGAAUCUAAACUGAAUCUGUAUAUGGAUAAAUAAGGUUUCAACUAUUGUAAUAAGUGAUGAGUUAAGAGCAGUGUUGGUGGUGGGUUUUCAAUAUGUUAAUAUUGAACACUAAAUUAUAAGUGCACCAUAUAUCUGAACAAAAGUUUAAAUUGAUUCUAAGUGAAGGCUUAGUCAUGCAAGUGUUGUAGCUUGUAGAUUUGUUUUGCAUCGCUAAUUUUGUUAAAUUAUAUUUACACUGGGUGGUUCUAAUGCAUACGGAUCAAUUUUACACAUCAAAGUUUUAUUUUUAUAUUUUUAUGUAACAUUGUCAGGUAGGGAUAUUUGUUUGUUUUAUUUAAUGUACCAGUACCACAAACCCAAAAAUCACACAAAGUGUGUCGAGAUGUACAUUAGCAUGUUUCUCAAAGUUAAGGACUAAUGUUGUUAAAUUAGUAACAACAUUACAUUAGCUCGGGAUGACUUUGAGAUCUCGAUUCCAUGUGACUGAAAACCUUUACACAGCCUUAUCUUAAAUAGGCUGUAAACCUUAUUAAAGAGAGUAUCCCACCUUUAUGCUAACUUCUUGCCACCUACAAUAACAUGUGCUGUAUUAUUCGUUGUGGAAUUCAAAAAUAUAUUAAAUGUUCAAAAGAACUUACUAUAGUAUUGUGCAAUAUAGUUAACUUCUGAGACCAAUCACAAAGUUGUCUUUGAUAGCACUGAUCUAUAUACUGUAGGAGGUCAGCCUCUUUACAUUAAAAGUAGGAUUAUUUAUCGAGGCCUUUGUAAUUUGAAUAAUUGUUUUAACAUAUGUUUCCACACAUUAAAAUAUUACUGAACUUCCAUAGAAAAUCUUUUACAUUUAUACUUUACUCUCCUGUGAGUUGAAUAACAUAUUAUCUUCAAGAUUUUGUGGCAAAUGAAUGCAUUUUGUAAUAAAACCUUUAUGACUUAAGAAAAUAUUUGCAUUUUAUGUAUACUGUAUAUAUUUUACUAACUAAAGUUGACUAUACGGUUCUUAUUUUCAUAAUAUUCUGAUGGCUACUUUUGUUGAUUGUUAGAUAUGUAGAUACAGUACUGUAUUUGAGAAAUGUAGAUACACUACUGUAUUUGAGAAAGAGAGAGGGAUGAUGUAGAAUAAAUUGGUGCAGUUAUAUGCUCCUAAUCACUUUCAAGAUGGCAAAUUUAAACUUUAACGUGGUGCAGUUUCUAUAUAAAUGUCUCGACAAAUAUUGCAAGACUUCCUCACUUCUUUAUUGAAAUUAAUUUAUAUAUUUGCAUGAUUACAUUUAUAAUUUAUCAUAUAUCAAUGUCAGUUUUUACAUGGCAUACUUUUAUUGUCAGUUUCAAUUAUUUAACACAGUGGAUAUAUUUUCAGACCAGUUGUUACAUAAUAUUCAUAAUUUUUUAGGACGGUUGAGAUGCCUUUCCAUAUAUUUUAUGGAGAUAUUGCAUCUAUGAAAAAAAUAUGAUAAUGUAUCCUCGUGCAGGUCUUUAGUAAUGGGAUUAGUAUUUGGGGUACAAUUUGUAAAAGAAGAGUCCCACAAGGGUCAAUGGUGGUUUAUAUCUUUAGGAAUAGUUAUCAAAAGAUACAUGUUACCCCCACAUAUAAGGAGAGAGCUGUAUAUCAUGGUGGUUAUGUCUUUGGGAAUAGUUAUCAAAAGAUAGAUGUUACCCCCACAUAUAAGGAGAGGGCUGUAUGUCAGUAAACUACUCUUACACUUAACAUGCGGGAAGAUGUGGAAUGACCCGGAAAUGUAAUAUUUAGGCUCGUGAAGACGUUUAAAUGUUGUGUUUAGUAUUAUAAAAUGGGGAGGAAUAAGGAAAAGGGAGUGUGUGUGGGUGUUUAUUGACAGAGAGAGGUUUAGGGCCUGUGCUAAUUUGUCUUCCUUUAUUAAAGAUGGUUAGGACAUGUAUCUUGAGGUUAUCUUGACAUACAUGCAAACCAUCAUUUGUAUUAUGUAGCCAUCCAUGUAGAAAAAGAGCUGUAGCAUGGCUACAUGGUUAUCAUGUAACCAUCCAUGUAGACAAAAUUAUGGGUUCUGAUUAUAUGAUAGUAAUGCGGUCAUUGUAAAUUAUUUGCUUAUGUUAUAUUAUUUUUUUGUAGGAAGUUAACAUAUACAUAUGUGAACUUUUGUGAAGAGGUUCAUUGUUCAAAUAGUGUAAGCAGUACUAGAAACACUUACAUUGCUGUUUUUUUUUUCAUUUAUUGUGUACUCAAUACUCAUCCUGUGAGCGGCAGUGGAAAAGGCACUGAACAUAUUUUACAUACACUGAGCAUAAUAAGGAUUCUGUUAAAGGAAGAUGAACAUUCAUAAUCUCCAGAAUGGGUUUCGUGUUCAUUUUAAAGUUGUGUGGAGCAAUGUUACACUGACUUUAUUUCAAUUUGUACUUUAUGCAUUCAAGGAGGUGAUAUAAUUGGAGAAGGGACUUAAUGAAUUUGAAGUGGAUUAUCAAAAUGAACUGUGGGAAAAUUAAAAAAAUCCAUGUUUUAGGAAUGGAGGAAAAAAAUAGCCGAAUAUUAUAAAUGUAGGUUAUUGGAUUUUGUGAAUCCUAAGCCUUUACGUACACUGAGCAUAAUUUUUACAUUUAAUAAUAAAUACCUGUAUAUAAACUUUUGUAAUUGAGACUAAAUUUAAGUUUCCCCUAGAUAAGUGGGAAUCAUAAUUCCCUUAUGAUAAUUACUUAUUAUUUCUGUCUUGCCAUAAAUUAAGUUGUAUUGCAAAUCUACAAAUACUGUAACUGAAAAAAUAUUUAAUCCCUGAAGCCUAUACUUCCUCCCAGAAGCUCCCCUCUCACAAGAUGGUCACAGCAGAUGUUUUUACUACAAAAGGCUCUACCACUGCACAAACCUUUCAUAUUUGUAAUUGCUCUAACCACUUCCCCUUUCUUGUAAAUAUUGAUUCAUGGUCCCCUUGCAAGAUACUGGCUGCAUGCCUCAUAUGACCCCCUUGCACACCCUUGCUAAAUGAUUCUCGGCAGCUGUUCCAUGACAAAAUCCUCGGCUUCUUUUGACGUUGCUUGUCUUGUCUAUCUGCUGUCAUAUUAACAUCCUGAAUACUAUCUUGAAUAUUCUUUAUCACAGAUAGUGCUAUAUAACAAUCCUGGCAUAGUGUUUUCUUUUGAUAAUUACUUGCUUGGACAUUCUGGGUGGUUGGUUGCCCGAGUCAAUCACAGCAGAGCACAUUAAAAUGUAGGUCGAGUUCUCAUUCACUUUAAUAUUGGAAUUGGUCACCUGUCUGUUUGUAGUAAGAAAAGGUGGGAGUAAUAUGAUGGCUGGUGGCAGGACACUACAGCCAGCCUCGACUUUACAGGGGGUUACUAGCCGUCUUUGUUUCUACUGACUGUUCAGUGGUGCAGUGCCAAGUGAUGGAAGCAAGUGCUAUCAAAACAAACUGAUUCUAAGUCACAAGCUUCAGAAAUGGUAACCUUGUGGCAACUAGUACUGUAUUUCCAUAUAUAUUGCACGUGUUCACAUAUUCAUAAUUUCACAGUACUGUAUAAGUAAACAAAUGAUUAACAAAAUUUCUUUAUGACAAAUUCAAUAUAAUAAAAGAUAAUACUUUAUAUACUCUCUAUAGUAUAUGUUACAUAUUAAAUAAAACUCAUUUAUCGGCUUUAACAAAUGUAUAAAUGAACUAAAAAUAAACAAGGUUUAAGAUAGAACAUUUCAAACUCACUAACUGAUGUAGUUAAAAUACUUCAUGGCUAUUCAUUGAGAAAAUGACAGAAGCUCUCGUGACAAUAUUUGAUGUAUGAGAGUAGAAAUAUACUGUACAGUCACUGAAAAACUGAUACCUGUAUUAUACCAAUGCUAUAUACUCCCACUCAAAUCAGUUAGAGUGGACAGUAGAGUGAUGGUCUCGCUUCAUGCAAGUCGGCGUUCAAUCCCUGACCAUCCAAAUGAAUGUGCACUAUUCCUUACCCCUCGUCCCACCACAAAUCCUUAUCCUAAUUCCUUCCAAGUACAAGUACUACAUAUAGUUGUAAUGGCUUGGUCUCCUCAUAGUUCCCUUCCUUAAAUGGUUAAACCAGAUUUCUGAAGUAGAGGGAAUAUAGAGGACAUAUAUGGCCCCCCCCCCCCACACACACACACACACACAAUAAAGCACCUAAAUUAUUGGGACUGUCUCAUAAUGUACUCUCUGAAACGGAAACAAGAGAGGUUACACAUAAUAUAUACGUGGAAAAUACAGGAAGGCCAGGUCCCAAAUUUGCACGGUAAAAUAACAUGCAGUACUGGAGCGAACAAUACGGUAGGAAAUGCAGAAUAUAGCCGGUGAAAAGUGAAGGUGUCGUAGAAACAUCAGAUUAAAAAAAUAAGCCCUCCUGGAAAUCCUGCAUUGAAUGUAAUAAAAAGCCUCUUACUGGUGGAUCUCUUCUGUAUCUCCCAGUUUCCGUCUUCCUGUUAUGUUCAGGAGCCUUACUUUGGCAUUGUGUGAAUAACUGCUACCAAAGGGCACUCGUGAUUUGCUAAGAAUCUGGUGCGAUACCUGGGUUUAGAGGAUAUAGGUGGGAAGCUCAGCGAGAUGGAAGAGACCCACCAGAAAGGGGCAUUUCAUAACAUUCAAAGGUGAUUUUUUUUAUAUAGAACCUUGAGAUUAGCAUCGAUGAAAUACGCCUAAAUGCACAGAAAAUACUUAUGCUACCAGUACAGUAUAAGAUUAAAUAUCACUAAAAGAAUAAUAUAAUACACCUAUAAAUUGUUUGAAAUUAUAAUAAAUUUAUACAAAUUAAGGGGGUAAAUUUAAUAUUAUCUAGUUAGAAAUACCGGCAGGACUUGGUCAUUUUAUUCCUCCGUGCUGUACCUUUCCUUGUAUGUUAGUUCAAUGAUCCUCAGACUAAAUUUAGAAUUUCUACCAUUUUUUGUUCCGAUUGUACAAUUGCUAAUUAGUUUCAUAUAUUAUGGCUGUUUAAAUGUUAUUAAAUGUAAUGUAUUAAAUGUUGUACUGUUCCAA